UGUACUGACUGGAGUAAACAACUGUACAACUAACUGCACAUGCUAAAAAAUUCCGAAACCAUGGACUCCGCAAAAUGUCGCCCAGAUAACCGCUAAAUUUAGCCCCUUGUGCGCAUUUCUGUGAAAGUCACGACAAAAAAUCUCGACUGAAGGAGAACACUGCAUCAGCAGGGACACCAAUAAUGUCUGACGAUCCUCCUGCCAAACGAAUGCGUCUUGGAGGUGACGGCUUGGUGGAAAUAACCAAGGAGGAACUGAUGGGCGAAAAUAAGAAGCACGACUCCUACAUCGCGUCUCUCACCAAACUGGACGGCAGUGCGUGCACUAGUGGGGGCCAGAGUGAGCUUGAGGAACGUCUGAAGCAGCAGCAGGCCGAGGCCAGUCGCAAAGAGAAGGUGCUACUGAUGCAGCUGACUAGGAAGGAACAGGAGCUCCAAGAGAUAGCGACCCAGCUGGGCGAAACCACCAAAGGGAACACCCCAGGCGCCUCCCAGCUGCGCUCCGCCCUCCUUGAUCCCGCCCUGAACAUCCUGUUCCAGCGGAUGCGCAAUCAGCUGGAUGAGAAGAGCAAGAAGCUGCAGCAGGCCACCGACGACAUGGCUGCUUGGAAGUUCACUCCAGACAGUCAAACUGGCAAGCGUCUGAUGUCCAAGUGUCGCACCUUGAUCCAGGAGAACCAGGAGCUGGGCAAGCAGGUGUCGACGGGCCGCACCGCCCAGCUGGAGGCUGAGCUGGCACUGCAGAAGAAGUACAGCGAGGAGCUCAAAGCUAGCCAAGACGAGCUGAACGAAUUUGUGAUUCAACUUGAUGAGGAAGUGGAGGGCAUGCAAAGCACCAUCUGUGCCCUGCAACAGCAGCUGAAAGAGGCAAAGGACGACCUAGCCGCAGUCAGAGCCAAUGCCAAGCAGACUGAAGCAAGGAUGCCAGAACAAGCAGUUCAGGGCCGACAAACUCCUGAGCCACAGAUGGAAGAGAUGGUCCCACAAGAGCCAGAGCCAGAAGAUAGGACUUUGACUGGCUACGAGGAGCGGCAGCCGGAGUCGCCCGCAUCAGAACCAUCAGAAGCAGGUCCUGCCCCUACCCCCUCCAGCCCUGCUCCGAAGAGCCCAGAGGGCCUGGUGGUAGGUAACAGAACUCCUAGCGAGGAGAUGGCGGCUGCUUCAGCUGCCGGGGAGGGUCAGGACCAGAGGCUCCUGUCUAGGACAGCAGAGAAAGAGAUUAGUCCAGGGGCCGAAGAUGAGGGCCUUGGAGACCAAAGGACGGCAGAGGAGGCCUCAGGGUCUCCAACAGAGGAAAAGCAAAGAAGGACUACCAUGGAGGAGGCAGGGCAAGAAAAGGAAAGGACUACAAAGAUGUCCGGGAAGGAGGAUAGGACGUUCAUCUCAGAGGAUGCAGAGAUACCCGAGCAACGCCAACCAGAGAUGGCAGAGGAGACAUCUGAUCAGGUAACUAGGGACGUGGAGGAGGCCUCGCCUGAGCAACAGGUGUGGGGUUUGGAGCAGCAGCGGGAUGAACGUCAGUGGCAGCUGCAACAAGAGCAACGGCGACAAGUGCAACAGGAACAGCAGAAGCUGCAACAGGACCAACAGCAGAAGUUGCAACGGGAACAGCAGCUACAACAGGAGCAACUGCAGCAGUUGCAACAGGAGCAGCAGCUGCAACGGCACCAGCAGCAGUUACAACAGGAACAGCAGAAGCUGCAACAGGAACAACAGCAGCAGUGGCAACGGGAACAGCAGGUGCAACAGCAGCAGCAGCAGUUACAACAAGGACUACAAAAGCAGCAGCAGCGUUGGCAGCAAGAAGACGAAGAGGAGAUGGAAAUCGACCCCUCAAGGUUCGACAGCGACUCCAGCACAGAGAGUGAGUCCUACCUCCAAGACAUCCAACAAACCAAACCGGCCGGUGAGUUGACUAUCCCAAAAGCCUCAGGCGAGGCACCUAAGCCCCAACUGGGGGAUGACUCCGAUGAGGGUUUCAGCACCAUGACCCCAGAUCAAGGGUCCGCUGACCCCUCAACUCGACCCCAGGGCCUUGACCAAACCCUAGUAGACCCUUACAAAUCAACCUCAGAACCUAAAUUCUCAUUUGAACCCUCGGGUAAUAGUAACGAUAGCGAUGUAGGGGUAGUUGACUCAUCCAGCGGGCAGGGGACAGAAGGUUCCCCCGCUGAUACUUAUGCGAUAGGUCCCUCAGUCGGUAGUAACCAAGACAAUGCCAUAACGUCCUCCCAUACUGAAGGGGUCAGUAACAGUACCCAACUGGGCCAGGUGACUUGUAGUAAGGUAGAACCCGAGGUCCAAAUCUCGAACCAGGCUCCUGAGGUAACUAAUUUUCCGGAGGUUAAGGUAACUGCCAAGAAGCUUCCCCAUAACUGCAGUCUGUCGGUUGUUGAUUACGACACGGGUAGUAGCGAUGAGGAAGACUACAUGGCCAAUGAGGCCCCGCCCCUUGGCAACCAAACCCCGCCCCGUGGCAACCAAGCCCAGCUCCCAAACAAUCAAACUCCGCCCCCAAACAAUCAAACUGCAUCCCCGACAACCAAUCACUCACCGACGAACCAAUCGCCCGAGUCGCCCCACCCGAGCUCGUCUCCUGUUAACAGCUCCCCAGCAAGUCCUGCCAACAACAUCGGUGAGACGGUCAGCGACGUACCUCCGUUGAAGAUUGUUAUGUCGCAGAUGCCAACUGGCGACGGGGACAACAAUAGCGGGGUACCAACCAAACCAACCGAUCCUCGAGACACAGCUUAUAUUGAGGAAAACGGAACGGGGUCUGUUCAUGAACACGAGCAAGUGACCGCAGGAAGUUCUGAGUAAGAUUACCCAAUCAAGUUAAAAACAAAAUGAUAACUUCAACAAUUGUCUAAUAAUAAUUUUUCUUGUUGGAAUAUAGUUGACAGGAGUGUGUUGUGGACAAGUGAAAUUUUGAAAUUGAAUUUCUGUGAAUAGUUUUCGUUUUAAUAACAAAAGUACAGUAAUGUUGAAAUAUGAACUCUGCAGAUUGGUUCUCAAGUGUUCUGUCGAGACUAAAAUGAAGACCAUAUGUUGUGUAGAUCUGAACUUCUAAUGUGCUCAUUCUUGUUAACUCUUACGCAGAUCAUAACCAGGCUAAAAAAAAUUCGACUUUUGUAAAACUGGUACAGAAUUUGCACACCAAACCGUGUUUUAAACAAUGGGCCAAAUUAUGGCAUCCU